CGGCUGCCAACUUGGACGAGCUUUGACAACUUAAAGCUGAUACUUGACUCAGACCAGGUCCCUUGCGCUCCACUCAGAGAUGGCCAUGUUGAGGCUCCAAGAACGUUCAGCGCUCAACAGAUUUCAUCUUGUGCAAACACUAAUUUGCUGAUGAUCCUUCCUGCUGGAUCACUACAACCCGCUGGCUCGGUUCAACUUGGAUUUGGCUGCCAGCAACUUGACACGUCUCAGGCUUGCAUGCGUAUUACCGAUGAGAUGGAUUUAGUUAACAGAGCUGCAUAUCUUGGUAAAAAAAAUUCCGAGUGCAGUUUUAUUGCUCACGAGAACAAGUAUAAAAUCAAUGUGGUUGGGUUGGAAAGGCCUCAGAGACGAACGCCUCCUGUUGUACUCUUCUACGACUUUUUCAUAGCAACGUCACGCACAUUGCAGUCAGACUUUGUCAAUACCAUGAAGCUCGUUCAAAUCGUUUACCUCACAAUCCUUGCCGCUUCCAGUGUCGCUGCUGGUGUCACUGGGGUAAGUAGAGCAAGAGCCCCUCAGAGUAUAACCUGCGACGGCCCAUGUGCCUCCUCUUCAGAAUCUUUGGGCUGCGAGCAAUAUGUAGGGACAUCGCCUUACCUUGUGGGCCCCGGGUGCUGGUCGUGCUGUACCUAAAUUAGUUGAACCUCUCGGUCAUUUUUGCUCUCAAUACAAGCAACAUGUGUCACAUCGUUCUCCAAAAA